AUGACUACCCCGGAAAAUGCGUUCCAGGACCUCGCCGCUGUCUUCUCAUCUCGAGAUAAUCAGGUGCUCGAGAUCGAGAUCAUUCCUUCAGGUCUAGGCUCUUCAGUCCUCCAAGAUGGAUGUUCGAUUGGGAUUACUAAGAAAGGCCUGGUCCAAGCAUUUACGAUCGCACGACAGCUUUUCAUGAAACGUUUAUUGCCCAUGUCCGACGAUGACUUCCAAGUCGAGCACUUGGAAAAGGAGACCGAUUCAACGAGUUCGUCUGAUUUAGUGAUCACCGAGAUCAUGCUGCUCUUUGACUGUGAGCAUCUGACCGCAUGUAAUUGGCGAAAACGCCGGCUGCUGGCAGCCGUGUCGCAUUGCUUGAGGGUCUCGGACCAAGUACUUUUGACGAUACGUAUGCUGGAGACGGAGUUGACGCUCAUGACGUCCUAUCAAUGCUCGCCACUACAUAGACAUACCAAAUCUCCGACGCUGUGGUCGCAUCGAUUAUGGGUGCUGGGCCAACUAUCCCAAAUCCGAACAUACAACACGCAAGACUUGCUGAAACUCGCGCGGGCGGAGCUCGAUAUUGUUCUUCGUGCUGGAGAACUGCAUCCCAAGAACUACUAUGCAUUCAAUUAUAUGCGUCAACUCCAUCUUCUUCUUGCGCACAUUCCUACAGAUGUCAAAGAUCGCGCAAGCUGGACUGUCGAAUUGGCCAGGAUAUUGAUCAAUCCGACGCUCGAUUGGUGUCUUGCUCACCCGCGGGAUAUAUCAGGCUGGGCCUUUGAAAAAUAUCUUCUCGAACAAGUUCCUCAGCAGCAAAUCCGAGCAGAAAAUGCGAGACGGGCUCUUCGAUUUGCGCGGGAUGUUGGUUGGGAAGGGGAAAGCUUAUGGACCUUUGUUGAUCAAACUGUCCGCCACUUUGAUAUGGAGACGGUAGUCGAUGAUGUUCUUCGCCAGGAGAAAGAUGGUCCUAAACCGGAAUACCCUGUAAGUCAGCCUGGCGCGUCCAAUUGGCCCUGGAAGACUCGAUUAGCCAAAGCAAAGAGUUACUGGGCAUCCUACGGACAAAGUAAUGUACAUUAG